GGAUACAGUACCCAAUGGCCCUCGCAAGCGGAAUCACUACCGCGCAUCAUACUGUACUCUAUCACAUAAAUGUUUUCGUAGUGUGAUAAUUAUGUGCAGUUCAAAAUGCAGUUGGCUGUAGUGAAACUUAUUUGAAAAAUGAUCUUUGAUAUCUCUCUUGUGCUGUGAAAAACAUUAGAUGUUUUAUUUUUAUCAAAAUUUUAAAUAGGUUUCUAAAAUUUCAUUAGGGGGUGGUGCCGUGAUGCCAGUUCGUAAGCAAGAGGCCCAUCGAGCUUUAGAACUGCUGGAAGACUACCAUAGCAAACUAAUAAAACCUCAGGAUCGGCAACUACGGCUCGCUAUCGAAAGAGUCAUCCGGAUAUUCAAAUCUCGACUGUUCCAAGCUCUGCUUGAUAUCCAAGAAUUCUACGAGCUCACUCUUCUCGAUGACACUAAAUCGGUGCAGCAGAAAACUGCAGAAACCAUCCGCAUUGCCAACAAAUGGGAAGCGGAUGGUACACGCAACCGUGAGAUACCAUCGGAGGAGAGUGAUUACAGAUCAGUAUCAAAUGCUUUUCUUCAAGACAACAACAGAAAAACUGAACCACGUAAUGAAUCGCCAGAAUCGACAAAGAUGGGAGCCAGUAUACACCAGGUCGUCAUGCCUCAUAGAGAGACCGAAGAAAAGAAGGCUCACAUUACAUCACCUGAAAUGAAGCAGUUACAGGUAAAUGGCAUUGAGGGGGGUGGCACUGAACGCACACAGGAGGAGGGUUACACAUACAUGAACGUGGUGCUAUCGCGGGCAGGCGGCGCCGGGCUCGGGUUCAGCAUCGCCGGGGGCUCCGACAACCCGCACGUAGCCGACGACCCCCACAUCUACGUCACUAAGCUAAUACCAGGCGGGGCGGCCGCCGCUAGUCAGCUGCAAAUUAACGACGCCAUAUUACAGGUUAAUGACACGAAUGUAGAACAAGUUACGCACGCCGAGGCAGUUGAUGCAUUAAAGAAAGCAGGAAACACAGUAAGACUGAAAGUGAGACGUCGUGGAACUGAAGACACCUUAAAUGUAUCACAAAUAACAAACAAAGAGGAAGCAGUUGAAAUAGAACUUGUGAAAGGUGGCUCUGGUCUAGGUUUCAGUAUAGCAGGUGGUCUCGGCAACCAGCAUAUUCCUGGAGACAAUGGUAUCUAUGUAACGAAAAUUAUGGCUGGAGGCGCUGCGCAUAGAGAUGGCCGUUUGAGAGUUGGAGACAAAUUACUCAUGGUCAAAAAUACCUCUCGUGGCGAUGUGGAGUUAGACAAUGUGACUCAUGAAGAAGCUGUCAGCGCUCUGAAGGCGGCUGGCGAGCGCGUACAACUUCGGCUCGUCCCCGGACCUAGGCACGGGCAGCCGUCGCCACGGACAUCACGCGCAAACACACCCUCAAGCACCGCGAAUUCACUGCGGCGAGAAGAAGGCGCCGAGCGAACAGAACGAGCGGAAAGUGCGGACAGUGCAGAAGAACCACGCGUGGUUGAACUAGAGAAGGGCAGCGCUGGUCUCGGGUUCAACAUCGUCGGUGGUGAAGAUGGACACGGCAUUUACGUGUCGUUCCUACUCGCCGGCGGACCAGCCGAGCGAUCCGGCGAACUGCGCCGCGGCGACCGCCUACUCGCCGUCAACGAUAUUGACAUUACACACGCCACGCAUGAACAAGCCGCCAAGGCUCUCAAGGGCACAGGACAGCAAGUGAAGUUAACAGUAGUAUACAGGCCUCAAGAAUACAACAAAUUCGAAGCUCGUAUCAAUGAACUCAAACAGCACCAUACUCUUUUAAGGACGUCACAAAAACGAUCUUUAUAUGUAAGAGCACUAUUUGAUUACGACCCUGUGAAGGAUGACGGAUUACCUUCCCGGGGGCUACCAUUCCGCUACGGCGAUAUUCUUCAUGUUACCAAUGCAUCUGACGACGAGUGGUGGCAGGCAAGGCGGCUAGACAAGACGGACUCAGACGCAAUCGGCAUAAUUCCAUCGAAGCGGCGCUGGGAACGGAAGCAGCGCGCACGCGACCGACAAGUCAAAUUCCAAGGACAGGGGACACCUAUUUCAACGAGUCAAUCAACUUUAGAAAGAAAAAAGAAAACGCUAUCAUUCAGCAGAAAAUUCCCCUUCAUGAAGAGUCGAGAAGAUGGCAAAUCAGAGGAUGGUUCAGAUCAAGAACCUUUCAUGCUUUGCUACACUCAGGAGGAUUCUAAUGCGGAUGGGGAAAUCUUGUACCGAGUGGAACUUCCCAUGAUGGAGGAGAUAACGCUCAUUUAUCUCGAGGACGAGAGUCAAGAUGAGACGGUGCUGUCGUAUGAGACAGUUCAACAGUUAACUAUUAGUUACACUCGACCCGUGAUCAUACUCGGGCCGCUAAAAGACAGAAUAAACGACGAUCUGAUAUCAGAGUUCCCCGAUAAGUUUGGAAGCUGCGUACCUCACACGACGCGACCCCGCCGUGACUACGAGGUGGACGGGCGCGACUACCACUUCGUAGCAAGUCGCGAGCAGAUGGAGCGCGACAUACAGAACCAUCUGUUCAUCGAAGCCGGCCAGUAUAACGACAAUCUAUAUGGUACCUCCGUCGCCUCCGUACGGGAGGUCGCCGAGAAGGGCAAACAUUGCAUUUUGGACGUGAGCGGUAAUGCUAUAAAGAGGUUACAGGUGGCGCAACUUUAUCCUAUUGCCAUAUUUAUUAAACCAAAGAGUGUAGAAUCUAUAAUGGAAAUGAAUAAGAGAAUGACUGAAGAACAAGCGAAGAAAACAUAUGAACGUGCAUUAAAAAUGGAACAGGAAUUUGCUGAAUAUUUCACUGCGGUGGUGACGGGCGACACUCCAGAAGAGAUCUACGCGAAGGUGAAGGCGGUUAUAACGGCGGAGAGUGGGCCAAAUGUGUGGGUGCCUCGCCGAGAGCCUCUCUGAGUAUCCCCGCUCCGCCUUGACCCACCACACCUCGCCCCGCCCCGACCCUGUACUCACCCUUCGCCCUACACCCGCGUACUUACCUAGUACCUACACAGUGCCUCAAGUUAACCCACGAUCUUUCACCUGUGGAGUCGUUUUUCAUUGGUAGAUCGUUGACGUUAAUCUUCGGUGUCUCCGUACACGAGUCCCACGGUAGUGGAACUAAGUCGGACCCCUCCGUGUGUUUCGGUCACAAAUGUUAGAGUAGAAGGAGUUGGGGGCCGCGUCUUCUCGAUGCGGUAUAGCAAUAAACGUAGCAGCGACGCGAGGCCCCGUCGCCGUAUAAGCAAUAUUGUUCGCCGCAACCGGCGUCGCCGGCGGACGCUCUACGCUUUAGAUAGUCGUCUCGUUAUGACACCCCUAAUUCUAUAGUUUGGCCAUCGGACUUAUAUCACUGCUUAUUGAAAUCUUAUCCGAGUUUAUUUAGCAUAACAAAUUAUUUAAUAUUUCUAAAUUAAUGUAAAUUUUCACUUGUGCAUAAAGUUGUUUGUUGAGCAGAAUACUAUUGUUAGAUAGCUUUCACCGUAGAACACUAUACGCUUAUGUUAUCGUGCGAGUAUAAUAACUAGCGGCAAUGUUUCGUCAAAUGCAAUGUAUUAUAAUCUAAAAUAUAUUAUUUAUUUUACGAAAUCCACUAUUUGUGCUUCAAUUAACUGUAAAUUUAUUGUAUAUUGAAUAAAUUUUUAAAAUGGUAUUCAUGUUAAUUUACUCAGGUUGCUAGAUACAUUUUGAAUUCGUCAUCGUUAAGAAUUUACUAUACUAUAAUAGAAUAUACAAAUAGUGAAGUUAUUGUACGAGACGAAUCACGGUGCACCGGUGAUGUUUAAAGCUAUAUAUACCCACUAGUUGUAUACUUAUAUUAUGACGCUGUGUAGUCGAUCCCACCUCACGCAUGGCUAGGCUAAGACGUACAUAAUCAGAAUUAUUUGCUCAAGCGGCAAUCUGUAUUGUAAACAUUGAAUCUCAUGAAAUUUUGCACACCCAUGUCCCGUUGACACAUUAGGUCAGGUGCAAGUUGUUUGUUGAUCAUUUUUAUAGUAAGCAAUUGUGUUAUAUAGUGUGAAAUGUCUCACCAAUUAAAUAGUGUUUGACAUUUAUUUAUUGAGAAUUUUAUUUUCUUACGAAAUAAUAGGAUGCCCAUCUGCAAAUAUGGCGAUAAGCAUGGAUAUCUAAUGUUUUUAGAUUGCCUGUUAACUGACGUGUUUGUUAGUUUUCUUUUAUCGUUAAUGCAUAUUUUAUUGUAUUGUGAAAAGUGCUAGUGAACAUCCUUUACAGUCAUAGAAAUAGAAAGUAGGUCAGCUUUUUACAUAGAGCUCGUAUGUCGGCGUUUUACAUUUUAUAUAAUUUAUUCUUCACUCCAACAACCUACAUGCUAAAUCCUAAGACUGUACCCACAAUUUAAUAAAAUAUUUAGUUAUUUUCAUUGUUCGACCUUCUUUCUAUUUCUAUAUUACAGCCUACUUAUUGUUCAGUACCCAAUAUAUUUGUGAAUACCUGACUGCUCAGUACUGAAACAUAAGAUAUGUAAAGGUUGUUUUAUGACAUUUACUCUCAUCAGUAUGUUAUCAACGUGUACUUAAUUUUAUUCAAGCGUAAAUAUUUUUACUUAUUUUACAUGACAAAUACAGGUAUACUGUAGGCAAUUUGGAAAAUAGAGGAAUCAUGACUAUCUUCACUGGAUUUAUCCCGUUAGAUUUGUCGGCGAGUCAUAAGACAAUGUACCAAAGAGCUGUUCGACGGCGCUAAAACGGCCAACUUUUUUUUUAAUUAUUGAUUUUUGGGCUAUUAGAUUACAAAGUGUAGCUGGUUGUGAUUCCUUCAAAAGUUUUAUUAUGUAAAUAAUAAUAGUAAAUAAAAUUUAUUUUAAUUAAGAUUCUACUGAUGUAUUAACAAUGAUAUGAGAAUGUUUAUUUUAAUAGCUAUUUAUUUUAUUGUUUAAGUAGGUAUUUUAUUUAAUUAAUUGAGCGUGUUAAUCUGUGUAAAGUAAUUUAGUGUAAUUAAUGUCUUUUUAACCCCUAGUUAUCUUUUAACACAUUUUUAACUUCACCCAUAUUUGCAGAUGUACAAUGUUUAUGAGUUAGUGAUGUUCAAUAGAAUAGUUUGAAUAAAAUUAUUUACGUUGAAAAUUC